GGGGCAUGUGUGCCGGGGGUUGAUAUGUCCUCGAGAAUCAAUGGCGCACGGGCGUGUGUACGGUACGCGUUUGUGGUGUUUGUUGUCGAACUUCUUGCAUUUUGAGCUCGUUGGAAAAAUGCUCAAACCAUAUAAAACCGUUCGGUCGGGCACAGAACACCAUCAGACGAGCAGUUUAACGUGCAAAGGUACAGACCUAGUAGUUCCGGAGCAGCAGUAGUUCCUCAGUGCAUCAAACGAUACUUUGUGGUUUUUCAGCCGUUGUACGAGCGAUCAAAUCCGUUUGGAAAGAAUGUUGCGAUUUGUGUCUGCUAUUGCCAUCUUGGCAGCAACGGCCGUCCAAUCGGCCCCAGUAGAACCGGCUCAGUAUGCUUUCGUUACGAAGCAUCACCACGUCCCGGAGCAUCAUCACGUGCUCGAGCAUGUCCAUCAUGUGCCAGAACCCCAGCUGGCCGUACACUACCCGGUCGAGCUGCUGCAGGACCAUCAUCAUCACCAGGAGCCACAGCUCGUGCUGAGCAACGAUAAGUACAUCGGAGAAGCUCACGAGUACCAUCAUCAUGCGGCUCCAGCCACCAGCUACAGCGAAGGCAACGACUACAGCACACUGUACGGUGGCAAACAUGGUUCACAUCUGUACGAUAACUACCAGUACGGAGGAUACGAUACGGGCUACGCCAAGAAGUACGAUGAGUAUAACGCAUAUCCCAAGUACAGCUUCGAAUAUGGAGUAGAUGAUCCGCACACCGGUGAUCACAAGAAGCAGUGGGAAUUCCGUGAUGGUGAUGUUGUCAAGGGUGGAUACAUGCUGAAGGAAGCUGAUGGAACGACCCGCGUCGUCGAGUACACCUCGGAUGACCACAACGGUUUCAAUGCGGUUGUGAAGAAGUUCGGCCAUGCCCACCAUCCGGAACCGGUAAAGCAACACAACGCCUACGGCUACAUCGGUAACUAUGCUGGCGCGUACGCCACCGGUGAUCACUACAGCAAGGGUGCCACCAGUUACGCCAAGGUUUGGAAGCAACACUAAACCACAUCAUAUCGAUCAACCUGCCUUAGCGAUCAGCAGAUGUUUCGGCAUUGUCAGCAUCUGGCUGACUGGGAAAUGCCGUUGAGAUUAAUCUAGAUUAUUGCAAACCAAUCCGAACCGCAUUCUAUAGGAGAAGAUUAUUUAUUAUCGUUACUGCAAAUACUGCUGGACAAAGCCACGCCACGAACUUACCAGGUGGUGCUGGAUGAUUGCAAACUGCUCGUGCUCUUUUAAAAUAAACCCUAUCUGUGAUUGAAGUUAA